AUGAAUAAAUUAGAGAAAGAAAAAGUCUAGAAAUUAGCAAAGAAGGCUUUUGAUAGUUUAGAUGCAGAGGGAGAAGGAAAUCUUUCAUUAGAAGAAUGUAUUAAAGCUUUUAAGGUUCUGAUGCCAGACAAAUAAAUUGAUCCUACAUUGUUUCCUAAUGAAUAGAUAACUUUUUAAGAGUUCUUGCGAAUUAUCAGCAUUAUUAUUGAUAACUACAAUGUCUGUUUUUGA